GAGCUGGGGCUCUGAUUUCCCAGCUGGAUGUGCUGAAAAAGCCCCCCAGUUUUGCUUUCUUUGUGAUUGAGAAACCCUCAUGUGACUUUGUAGAUGACUUCACACAUUCAGAGAGCAGGAAGGAAGCCGAGCUGCUCUCACUUCGUGUUCCGUGGGGCAGCUGCAAAUCCAACCUCAUUAUCUCAGGAGCGCCCAGAGGGACCCGAAAAUGAGCCCCCAAACCCCCCCUGAGCCCCCCAAAUGCUGCUGCUUCAACAUCAAGACAGCAACAGUGGCCCUGGGGAUCUUCCACAUGGUCAUGAGCAUCCUGCUGCUGAUCGAGUAUUCCCUGGAGGUGGCCAACGGGAAGGGCUUCUGCAAAGACCUGGAGAAGGAUUACUACAGAAUUGCUGAUAUCACCACCAGUUUCCUGCUGAUCCUCAUGUUGUUUGUCAUCAGCUUCCAUCUCCUGUUCGGGGUGCUCAAGAUGAAGGAGCGGUUCCUGAUCCCCUUCCUGGCUCUGCAAGUCAUCGAUUUCCUCCUGAGCCUCCUGACCAUGUUCAGCUCCUACAUCCAGGUGCCAGCGAUCAUCUCCGUGUCCUCCCUGGGCCACACGGGCCACUCCAGGACUCCCCUGCUGGCGCUGCAGCUGCUGGAUUUCUGCCUGAGCAUCCUCACCCUGUGCAGCUCCUACAUGGAGGUGCCCACCUUCCUCAGCCUCAAGCCUGUGGAGAGUGGGGGCUCUCUGCCAGCCCUGCAGAAGCUGCCAGCAGGGGAAUAUGUCAAAGUGAUGAUCACCUUCACCAUCGCCUUCGUGGCUGUGCUCGUCCUCAAGGCCUACAUGUUCAAGUGUGUCCUGAGCUGCUUCAAGUUCAUCAAAGCCAGCAGGAGGGAGGAGGUGAAAGUGGAGCCACACGCAGCGGAAAAGGUCGUGCUGCCAUCCUAUGAGGAAGCCCUGGAAUUGCCUUCCAAGGAUUGUCCCCCUCCCUACGUGGCCAUCUGAGCCCAGCCUGGGGGAGCUGACCCUGGGUGCUGCUGGUGCCUUUCCCAGCAGAGCCCCAGUGCUCACCCAGAGCAGUUCCCAGCCUUCUCCAGCCACAUCCUGCCAGGGAACUGCUGGAGUCUUGCCCUGCUGUGGCACCCCAAUUUCCUGACCCUGGCACCCCAAAUUCCUGACCCUGGCACCCCAAAUUCCCGAUCCUGGUACCCCAAUUUCCUGACUCUGGCACCUUGAUCUCCUGACCCUGGCACCUCAAUUUCCUGGUUCUGGCACCCCAAAUUCCUGACUCUGUCACCUCCACUUCCCGACUUUGGCGCCUCAAUUUCCUGGUUCUGGCACCUUAAUUUUCUGACUCUGGCACCCAAAUUCAUGACUCUGGAACCCCAAGUUCCUGACUCUGGCACCUCAAUUUUCUGGUUCUGGCACCUCCAUCUCCUGACUCUGGCGCCUGCAUUUCCUGACUUUGGCUCCCCAGAUUCCUGACUCUGGCAUCUGCAUUUCCUGGUGCUGGCACCUCAAUUUCCCAACCCUGCCACCCCAAGUUCCUGACCCUGGCACCUCCAUUUCCUGACUCUGACACCCCAAGUUCCUGACAAUGGCACCCCAAUUUCCUGGCUCCGGCAUCCCAAAUUCCUGACUCUGGCACUUCAAUUUCAUUACUUUGGCACCCCAAGCUCCUGACUCAGGCACCCCAAGUUUCUGAUUCUGGUACCUCAUUUUCCUGAAUCUGCAACUCAAAUUUCCUGGCUCUGGCAUCCCAAAUUCCUGACUCUGGCACUUCAAUUUCCUGGUUCUGUCACCUUAAUUUCCUGACUCUGGCACUUCAAUUUCCAUACUCUGGCACCCCAAUUUCCUGACUCUGGCUCUGGUUGCCAUCCCUGGAAUCUGGGUUUUGACUGCUGUGGGUGCAGGGCUGGCCUGAGCCCUGCCAGUUUUGCCCUGUGCCAGGGUGGUUCUCCUCUGGCUCAGCAGGGAGACCUUUAAGAAUUGGGAUUAAGGGAUGGUCCUGGUUUAGGGCAAUUUUGGGAGAAAAACUUCUAAAGGGAUUUCUUCUAGAAAAACAAAUUCAUGUGGUUCCUCCCCUAACUGGUUCGGGAAAAAGAUUUCCUUGUAGAAAAAUGGAAACAACUGUUUAUUUAAUAGGCAAAGCAUUCAACAGCACAAAAAAUGAACAAUAUUAAACAACAAAACCUCUUGCCACUCCAAAAGAGAUGACAAACUCAGAAAAGUCCCCUUGGUGGGCUGUAGCUUGGCUCACUCAGCGUCUUAGCAGUCCCUCUGGCCAAAAUGGAAAAUGGAAAUGUUCCAUGGAAAUGGAAAUGUUUCCAUGGAACGUGGAAGGAAAAUGGAAAUGUUUCCAUGGAAAAAUAAAUGUUUCAUGGGACAUGGGAGGAAAAUGGAAAUGUUCCAUGGAAAUAGAAAUGUUUCCAUGGGACAUGGAAGGAAAAUGGAAAUGUUCCAUGGAAAUGGAAAUGUUCCAUGGGACAUGGAAAUCCCAUGUCAAACUGUGACAGGGAUGAACAGGGAAGGAAUUUUCUCUGGGAUAACCCAGCCCUGCAGCUCCUCCAGCAGAAUUCCUACAGCAAAGGGAUCAGCCAAAAAUUCCCCAGGAACUGCAGCCCUCAUCCUGUCUGUUUGUGGUGAUUGACAAAACCCAGAAUAUCCAGCUCUGCCGUUUCAUACCUGAGUGGGUGCAUUUUUCUCUGCUUUUAUAUCACUUGGAAGAUGAGUUUCAAUUAAAAUAAAAAUGUUAAUGGCCUCC